AUGAUCGACCCCGCUGGUCUCCUGCGUGGAACCAAUGCCCUGGUUAGUCGUGCGGGCGGUAUUCAUGUGCCUCCAGAAGUGAUUGCUAGUUGGCCGACUCCCAAUUACAUCUCUCCAGAGGAAAGGACAUCGGCUGCCCCAGUAUUUCUGUCUAUUCUGUUGGUGGUAACGAUUCUCGUCUAUGGCGCCCGCAUGUGGGCACGGCUGACCAUGACCAAAAACGCUGGUCUUGAUGAUGUUCUUAUAAGUAUAUCAAUGGUACCAUUGAUUGGACUAUCAAUUGCAACAAUUCUCGGUAUGAAAAUUUAUGGCUUCCAAUGGCACAUGUGGGAUCAAACACCGACAACCAAAACCACAACAACAUAUGUCACCAUGGCAAUCGAACUUACGUACAUGAUUUCCACAAUUCUGAUCAAAAUAUCAAUUUUACUCUUCUACCGCCGGCUAACUGGUUCCUCAACUACCAGAUUUAUAUACCUAGUAUGGGCAUGCAUAGCGGCUUGCAUUCUAUAUUUUGCUGCUUUUGUUAUCCUUAUCUUUUUCACCUGCUCUGUAGCUGUUGGACGAAAAGAUUGUGCCGAAGAAGGACCAUUUAUAGUCUCUGUCACAACUGUUUCAACUGCACAAGACCUGGUUAUCUGCCUUCUUCCUGCUCUCCUUAUCAGUAAUCUUCAGAUGCCCAAACGCCAGAAGCUGGCAGUCUGUGGUAUCUUUGGCUUAGGUCUUGUGACCACACUCUGUGGUAUUAUGAGACUGUAUUAUGCAGUCUAUCUUUACUAUUUCACCUACGAUGCGACAUGGUACGCGUAUUACGGCUGGAUUUGGACCGUACUCGAAACCGACCUAGGCUUGAUCUGUGCGUCAGCUCCAGCACUUCGAGUCUUUUUCCGCCACUCCUUAGGUUUAAUAUCUUCCCACACUGGUGAUCCGCGAUCUGGGGCCAAUAAAACAUCUUCUGGUAUUUUGUCAAAUCGAGCAACCCACUCGGGACCGUUAACGCGGAGUGGUGACAGCAAAGAUCCAGAAUCUCAAGGAGACGAAAUCUACUUGGACAGUAUAAUCGUCGAGCGGGGUUUGAGCAGCAGAAUCCAAGAAAGGGACGAUGCAAGCCAGAAGAGUGAUUCCAGCACCCGGAAUCUUACAACAAUAAUCCAUGGGCCCGUGUCGAAGUCAUAG